CUCUUACCAUUUGUUAAUCAUAAAUAUCAAUGGUGAAAAAGCAAUGAGCCACAAGAAAAGAGAGAUGUAGACAAGGGUCAGUGCUGAGACAUUAGAAAAAUCCCAUAAUUUGUCUGCGUCUUAUAUUUGGACGCAUUCGAAGAUUUAUAACAAAAUAUGACAAUUCCCUGCAGUCUAUUUCUUUCCAUUCAUCCACGCUUUUAGAGGGAGGACUAUCCGUCAUACCCCUCGAAAUGCUCAGCUCCCCCCGAUAAGAUAAGCUGCUUCAUUGUGAGAGAGAGAGAGAGAGAGAGAGAGAGAGAUCAUCUUAACAAUAUAGAGUUGAAAUGGCCGUGAACCUCCUACCAUGUGAUCAUGCAGACGAUGACUUCAUCGACAUGGAAGUCAGCUCAUACUCGAACUUCCUAUGCCAUUCUGUUAGCUCCCCUCCGCACAACAGAGAGUUUGAGUUCCAAAUGUCUUCCAGCUCUCAAGAAAGAGAGCAUACAACUUCCCCAGCUGACGAGCUCUUCUACAAAGGAAAGCUCCUUCCUCUUCACUUUCCCCCACGUUUGCAAAUGGUAGAAAAACUCCUGCAAAGCUCCGGCUCUGCUUAUGAUACAAGAAAAUAUAUCUUUGAAGAAUGCUAUAGCACUCCAUUAAACACUACUGCCCCACCAACACCCACUUCUCAUACCCCAUUUGAAUCCUGCAAUAUCUCACCCUCAGAAUCUUUCCGGGUUGCUAGAGAUCAGUUGAGCCUAGAUGAGUAUAUCUCGGACAGUUCAACUGAAGUCAGUGGCUUCAUUGGUGAAAACCCAAAGAAGUCUUGGACCAAAAAGCUCAAGCACUCCUUGCUUGGUUUAAAGCAGAAGGCUUCCAGGGUUUAUCUCAAUUCUAUUUUCAGUAAAUCUGGUAGUUCACGUGAGCCCUGCACAACGGCUACAAAGGAUGCAGAUGAAGGAUCGAUUUCAAAAGCCAAGAAAUACAUGAAUAACUACAUAAAAGAGUCGAGCAAAACCCCGUUGGGACAAAUUCAGAAGGAUAAAUGCUCGACAUCAAAAAGCAUCAUAAGGAGCAUUGACAAAGACAAUGAUGCUGAGAAUGGCGUCGGUCGCCAUAGGAGAUUGCUGUCAGUGGUUAUCAAACGCCAUUCAACAAACAAGUCUUCAUCCUCAUCUGUCUCUUCUUCAUCUUCAAGCUCAAGCAAUUCAGAUGGGUUCCAUGAGUUGCAAUUUCUCAAGAGAUGCAGCAGCGUAAGUUCAGAUAUCGAGAUAUCAAUUCAAGGAGCAAUUGCUCAUUGCAAGGAGUCUCAGCAGCUGUUCCACUCCAGGAAGACUGUUAGUGAAGUUGGGUUUUACUGAUUGAGGUCAACUUCCAGGAUUGCUGUCCAUGAAGAUCAAGAAA